UUUUAACUGGAUUCAAACUUUUUAUCUUACCAUACAAAAAAACAGACGACCUAAAACCUAGAAAACGGGUAAUUAAUUAAUCCCCUGUGUUUCAGGGAUUUUAGAACUCUUUUCAUUUACAUGAAAUUCUUUGCCACCGCUUAAGCUUGCAGUAUUGAACAAACAAUUUCAGCUGGUUUUGUUUUGAAAUGGAUUUUCAAGUGGUGGUGCUUGCCGGUGGAACUUCAAAGAAACUCGUCCCUCUCGUCUCAAAGGAGGUUCCGAAGGCGCUACUUCCUGUGGCUAACCGACCUGUUCUGUCUUACGUUUUGGAACUAUUGGAACUCAGUAAUCUUAAGGAUCUCAUUGUUGUUGUUGAAGGUCAGGAUGCUGCUCUUUGUGUCGGUGCUUGGAUUUCAGGGGCUUAUAUUGAUCGUCUACAUGUUGAGGUUGCUGCAGUACCUGAGGAUGUUGGCACUGCUGGUGCACUUCGGGCCAUUGCACGCCACUUGACUGCAAAAGAUAUUUUGGUUGUGAGUGGUGAUCUUGUUUCUGAUGUUCCUCCUGGUGCAGUUGCGGCUGCUCAUAGACGACAUGAUGCAGUGGUUACUGCAAUGCUUUGCUCUGCUCCUGUCAGUGGCCCAUCAGAGUCCGGAUCCACUGGUGGAAAAGAUAAAAGCAAGAACCCCAGGUGCUACAACAUUAUAGGGUUGGAUCCCACAAAGCAGUUUUUGUUAUAUAUAGCAACAGGAGCUGAGAUUGAAAAAGGUACUCGAAUUCAAAAGAGCAUUCUCCGUGCAAGUGGUCAGAUGGAAGUUCGAGCUGAUCUUAUGGAUGCUCAUGUUUAUGCAUUCAAGAGGUCUGUUCUGCAAGAGGUUCUGGAUCAGAAGGAUACAUUUCAAAGCUUAAAACAGGAUGUACUGCCUUAUCUUGUUCGGAGCCAGCUGAAAUCGGAGGUACUCUUAAAUGGUGUACAACAAGCAGAAGAAACUGGGAAUGAGAAAGGUAGUUCUCAGAACAGUCACAUGAUUCUGUCUCGAAUUCUUUCUAAUGCAUCUGCACCAAGCUUUCACAAACUGUAUGCAUUAGGUCAUGAUGGAUCUGCUCCUGUUCGAAGAACUCAUAAGUGCUGUGCUUAUAUUGCCAGCAACAGCAAGUACUGUGUACGCUUAAAUUCCAUUCAAGCAUUUAUGGACAUUAAUCGGGAUGUUAUAGGUGAGGCAAGUCAUCUGUCGGGCUAUUCCUUUUCUGCUCAGAAAUACAUUAUGCAUCCUUCAGCAGAGAUUGGAUCAAAAACUACUAUUGGACCACAAUGUAUGGUGGGGGAAGGUUCACAAAUGGGUGACAAGUGUAGUGUCAAACGAUCUGUUGUUGGCCGUCAUUGCCGGAUAGGUUCCAAUGUAAAGGUUGUUAACUCGAUUGUGAUGAAUCACGUCACGAUUGGUGAUGGUUGUUCAAUCCAAGGUUCUGUGAUUUGCAGCAAUGCACAGCUCCAAGAGCGCGUCGUACUGAAAGAUUGUCAAGUUGGAGCAGGUUUUGUGGUUUCUGCAGGUUGUGAGCACAAGGGAGAGUCCCUGGCCAGAAAAGAGAAAUAAGUAAAAAGGGGAAGCUCCAGGUUAGGAAGAAAAAUGGCAAUUAACAGUUUCAAUCAUCGAACUCAUGCUGUCUGCCCAUAAUUAUGUUGAAGUCAAUUUUUGGUGAGUGCUGGUGAGUACAGGGUAUAUGUCUUGGCGAGGUAAUAGGAAUGUGUACCAUGUUCUGUUGCAUGUAUCUGAUUUUAUUUGAUUGAUUCAAUGUGUUGUUUCUUCCACCCAGAAACAUGUGAACAGAGGAAGAUUCUUUCAAACAGUUAGAGCAAACUUUGAAUCCUCAUUUUCUUCUUCAUGGAAAAUCCAUUUUACAAA